AGGAGGGCGGCAAAGGGGAGGGAAAUUUAAAAAGCCCGGACCUACUGGUGGCGACGGGAUCUCUGAGUCGGUUGAAGUCAGAUAACAAGCCUCAUAAAAUCAUUUACAGGAUACAACGCGCAGUCCGCGGGGCAUUUAACAGAAGCAUAUGAUUAUUUUGGAAGCGAUCCUCGCCCUUGACGUCAUCAGAUGGACUCGUACCACGACCAGAUUUUAGAUUCGCCCUCCAAAAACAGCUACAUAGGGAGCUACUACCAGCCUCCGGACAGGAUGCUACCAAUGUCGAGACGGCUGGACUACCAUUCGCACUCACCUGCCAGCGUGGACCCACAGAGCUCCGAUCUCGAGGCGUCUCAGGCCAAAUCUGGUAUCGACGGCAAAGCUGUUGUCGAAGCGCUGAAGACCCUCCAGGAGAAAAUCAGACGUCUGGAGCUGGAAAGAAAGCAAGCGGAGAAAAGCUUCCAGCAGUUCUCUCGUGAUGCUCAUAAACAUCAGCAGGUCACAACAUCAUACGGUCAAAGAGCAACCAGCCUGCUGCCCGAGACAGAUAACUCACCCAGGAAUGAGCUGGACUCAAAACUGCAGUCUGCAGAGGCUCGCUGUAAGGUUCUUGAGAAGCAGCUGGACUACAUGAGGAAAAUGGUUGAGAACGCCAAGAAGGAGAGAAAUGUUGUGAUGGAAAAUCAGGCGUCUCUGCAGAGCCAACAGCCGAGUGCCUCAAACAGCCAAACUCAGCGGGAGAAGCUGGAGAAACUUGAGUCCGAGUGCCUUAAAUUAAGCAGAACCCAAACUCUAGCAGAGAUGAAGCUUGCCAUGCUGGAGCAGAAACUACUAAAAGAGGAGCACGAGCGUAAGCUUGUGCAGGAAAAGGCGGAUGAGCUGCAGAGGGAGUUUGAUGUGAACCUUAGACUGUCUGUGUUAACUACUGAAGAAUCAAAGCCAAAGAAGAAAACUAAAAAGACAGCCAAGAAAACCUCUAAACAGAAUGAGCUGGUAUUUGGCAGCCCGAAGCACAACAAGAUGCCCUUUGUUGCAGGAACAUCGACCAGCCCGAGCCAUUCAGUCCAUGCAAACGUGCAAAGCAUCCUUCACAUGAUGAAGCACCACCAGCCACAGCUCUGUGAACGAGUGAGCGCGUUGCACAAGUCCGGUUGUGGAGCCAAGAAAAGCCUCCACAAGGACUUUGCUCCAUCUUCACCCGCUUUCCAGAAGUCUGACAACCUGCCCACAGAUCAGUCGCUGAGCUCGUUGUCCGACCUGCUCUUGGCUCUGCAGGAUGAGCUGGGACAGAUGAGCUUCGAGCACCAGGAGUUGUUGCGUCAGAUAGAUGCAACGCAGCAUCGGGAGCAGAGGCGAGAUCUGCAGAGAGAGCUCGAGAGGCUGGUGGUGAGGAUGGAGGAGAAAGGAACUCAGAUCACGAAGCUCCGCAAACACCAGCAGACGGUGCAGAAGUUGACCCAGAGCCAGUCAUGUGACGAAGAACACGCAGCCAAGAAGCCGAGUGGGAUCAAGCCACCUGUCCCGUCUCCCGUUAAGGCCAAACAGAAACGAAAGAAAGGUGUGACGACGCCGCACAACCUGCAGCUGCUCCGACAGACCCAGAAGUUCAGAAACGGCCUAAAACAAGACGACCUCUCCUGGGAGACAUGAGCUUCUCUCAAAGACCUUUCUGUGCGCUUUGCUUUGAUACUACAGCUGGGACUGAGCACAAGACUCCCCUUGGCUCCUGCAGCCUGUUUUCCUCUCUCUUCAAACAGCCAUGUGAACCAUGUUUGGUAACAGAUUAAAGAUGGAAUAAAGUGCUUUACACAGGACUUUAUGUGUCACGCUAGUACCUAUUAAGAAGUGGGUGGUUGAUUUAAAUCGAAGUAUUGCACAUAACAGGGUGUUUCGUAGGGUACUGUUUAUGAACCUAGGUCUGCUUGAUGUAAAUGAAGUGUCAAAUGGUCAUGUCAUCUCAAAUCAAGCAGGAUUGAAUGAUUUUUAGGUAAUUUUAAUAAAGUUUAUUCUCUCUACAUGUUGAUCUUUUUGUUCUCCCACAAGUAGUUUUUUUUUUUUAGAUCACACAGGAGCAUCCACUAGAUGGCAGCAUUCAUUUGUACACCACGCUAAAGACUCUUUCCCCAUUUGAAAGGCCGUACUAUUGCAUGUAUAACAAUGAAUUACACCUUUGUGUGUGCACCAUCACUCUCCCCACCGACUCGCACGGUGUUUAACAGAGAUGAACCCGAAUGCGUCGUGAUCUUUGUCACAGCAGCUGGUAGCACAGCUGCGAAAAAUGCAGCCACAACCACAGGUCAAACGGAUGUGGGUUUUUUUAGCAGGAGGAACUCCUUUUGGACACAUUGUUAUUUCGCACAAAACAAAGCAGCCCUGUGCUCCUAUAUUCAACUCGCCCUGGUAGUUUUAUGCCGGUCAGAUGACGGGACACAUUUCUCACACGCCUGACACUUUUUUUUCAGUUUGUUUAUUUGAGUCAGGCACCUCUUAAUAGGAUGACAUGGGAAACUCCCUCAUAACAUUCUUGGGUUUGUCUUCUUGCUAUCGGUGUGUGUUUUUUGUUCUGCAAUCAGGUCACAUUUUUGAUACACGAGUCUUUUCUGACCUAACCUCAGUCACUCCCUCCGUGCCACAAAUAAGUCCAGCGACAACUAAACAAGUAACAGAAGCCGUAAAAGAAUCGCUGCACAGAUAAAAAACUAAAUUCCUCAUCUUUGUUUCUGUUUUUACGGAGGAAGAGAAUAGAGAACUGCUGGUUGCUGGUUUCAGCAUUCAGGUCAUUAUGUAGCUAAUGUUGCUUGGUAUUCUCGGUAUGAUGCAGAGUUCACUGGGUGGUUAAAUGGACCGAGCUGGUGUUUCGCCAGAGAGGCUAAAGCUAAUGUAUUGUUUCUGCGUGCUCCCAUAUUAGAUUACAGAGCACUGACUGGGUUGGACAAUCAGGUUAGCAAAGGCGAGUUAAGAUCCCUCCGUGCCCACAUAUCCAAGAAUCUCUAACCGCUCUCCUGACCAUGCAUCUUUGAAUGGCCUGAAUUGCAGUGGUGCGUUCAGGGAGAGGUGGGUAUGAGUCAGUGUCAGGCAUUUUUUGCAGCGCGUGUGUGAAAAGAUUGUCUAUAAACAGCCAGUCCACUUUAAAUAAAGAUUAAGAUAAGUCCGUUGUGUAACACGCUUUUCUUUAGACGUCGUUGAAAAUUAGCAACCCCAUGACGUGCGGACGCAAGUUUGGUAGUCAGCAAAAACAAAAAGCCGUCUGACAAAAGAGACUAAAAAGAGCUGCACAAGCAAGAUACAGUAUAGGGCUGCCAUCUGCUUUUUGGGACACGUAAAAAAAAAAAGGAGAAGGAUUGGAGGAGGGGUUGUCCCGAAAACAACUUUUUCCUGAGUCGUCUUUGUUUCUGGGAAACUCGGGGUCGCUGGAACAGUGUGAUCAGCACAAACGCGUGUAUUGUACAAACACAUCUCAUUCAAGAAUGAAGUGAUUCACACACACACACACACACACACACACACACACACACACACACACACACACACACACGAUCACGAACGUUUCCUUUAGAGCUUCCAGUUUUUUCUACAUAAGCAAAACCUCGACGUGACCUUAGAAGUGGACUCGGUGUCCUGCCCCGAAAAAGGAAAACAAACAGGUUUCGACCAGAGGGGUUUCGUUCCUCGAAACCGAUGGCGGUUUGAACGAUGUUUGGACAGGACUUGGAUAAACUUACUUUUGAAUUCACGUUGCUCGCCGUAGUGAAUUGUAAAUAUUGAAUAAUCAAGCCGGCGGGUGGAGACGGUCCACUGGGUGAGGUGCCACAUAGCAUCACUGGAGACCAGGUCCACCCUCACACCCUGUGUUCCCCGAUGGCCUGAGUGGCCUCGUUUAGCAGGAUGAUACACCCUGCUACAAAGCGUAGUUACUCCUGAAAUGAAUGAAAACACAAGGUGUUGAUUGGGCCUCCAAAUUGGUCUCUAGCUAGUUAUGGAAUCAGCACAUCAAUACACAACAUCAGGGUGCUUCAUGUUGAGGCAGAGUUUUAAUGCAUAUUUAAGUUUGGACUUGUUAACACAAGUUUACCACGUGUGUCAUAGAAAACCUGUUGUUUACAACUAUAUAAACUCACUGAAUUGACAUUUAAUUUCUCUUUGCAACCUCUUAUAAUGUGCAUUGCGUUCUCAUUGUAAUUUUCAUUGUCUUUUCAUUUAGAUAAUUUCACUGAAGGGGAGGAGAAUAAGGGAGAGAAUAAAUAUCCAUCAAACAAAUCUAAAAAAAAGGGCUUCAAAAUACAUUAAAAUGAAAAAUAUUCACAAUGUUGUUUGCUAAUAUGACUACUCAAGACAAAGUUGACAAUUUUUGGGGGAAACCUUUUAAUACUUUUAUAAAAUAUCAACCAACAGAUGAGACAAAAUGUUUCAGGAUGACCUCAGUGUUUUUGGGAUUUAUAUAUGAUUCAAUAUAUUUGCCACCUUGCACAUAAAUAGACGCAGAUAAACUGAUUCGGCUGCUUCAACGUGAGUGUUUGUUGACCUAGUAUUAGCUGCGCACACACAGGCCAAGACAAAAGGCAUAACCAGAACUUGAUACACCACCUUUUGUUGUCCGGGCAACUGGCCUUUCAACUGUAACCGUGGCAACGGGAGAGAAACCUGUGCCCCGUGUAUCCUCGUCCCACUCAUGUAAAUCACGAGCUCGGAGGAGGAUCGUUAACAACGGCGUCAAAUGAAAGGCGCACAGCCCGAUUUGUUUAACAAUAUUCAAACUUUAUUGGUAGUGAAACUAAAAGGCGACACUAGAAAAAAAAAACAACAAAAAAACAACAAGGCCAACGAAUAAAAAGAAAGAGGAGAAAGAAACAGGGAACCAAAAUAAGCAGAAAACAGUUCAGGAGGCUUUGUGGCACCUGGCACCUGCAAGGGUCUACGUAUGGCUGUGUGUAUGGCUGUGUGUGUGUUAUAGUGGGUCGAGAGGAAAGCCACAACUCGUACCUACAAGGCUGACGGCCUCUAAAAGAACAGGUUAAAGAUAUGGCACUACUGAAUGUGUGCCCUUGAAGCCACAACGCAACAGGAGGGAAUAAUAAUAAUAA